AAAUUUCCUAGAAACAUGAUAUAACAAUAUUCUAAUACAUAGCUUUUCCAUAUAGACAAUAAUACUUUGACCAACAAGACUACUAUAAAAGGUUUUUAGCACCUAUAGUUUUUCCAUUACAAUCUAAUCAGAUGGAGAUUGACUUAUCAAAGAUUACUCUUCGUCCAUUCAAGCUGGAGGAUGCUGAUGAUUUUCUCUCGUUUGCCAGUGAUGAACAAGUCACAAGACAUCUUAGGUGGAAGACCUUGACUUCCAAGGAAGAAGCACUGACACACAUCAAGGAUGUAUGCAUACCACACCCAUGGCGAAGAUCAAUAUGCAUCGACGACCGUUCAAUCGGGUUCGUCUCGAUCUUCCCCUUCUCCGGUGAUGACAGGUGCAGGGCUAAUUUCGGAUUUGGAGUUGCAGUGAAGUACUGGGGACAUGGGGUUGCUACAAAGGCAGUGAAAAUGGCAGCGUCCCAAUUUUUUGUUGACUUCCCUGGUGUGGUGAGGCUUGAAGCCUUUGUUGAUGUGGACAACAAGGCCUCCCAAAGGGUUGUCGAGAAAGCUGGGUUCCAAAAGGAGGGGAUGUUGAGGAAAUAUGCAUAUCUUAAAGGCAAACUUAGAGAUUUGUAUGUGUUUAGCCUUUUAUCCACUGAUUUUCCUACUGCUGAAAGGGGUUCAAAGUGAUUUAGUCAAUGUCUAAAGAUGUAAGAUCAUAUGAUUGUAUCAUGAAAUAUAAGAAAUUUUUGUUUUUCUA